AUGUACCAUCGUGCAUACCCUUCUAUCCGUUCCGUACCUUCAUCUUCCAAUAUUUUCGGCUCCACGACUCCAAGCCCACGCCUAGCCCCGUUGCUUCCUCCCUCAGGGUUCAACGGCCUCUCCCCCAAAUCAUCCGGCUUGCUUCUCAAUCAGCAUCUGCACGCAGCCCUACCAGAAACAGCUCAGAAACAUCCGACCAUCUGCGGAAUGCCUCUGAAAUACGUAUCCCUCAUCACCCUCGCUGUUCAAAACGCGACCCUAUCCAUUGUGAUGCACUAUUCUCGUGUAACGACACCUCCGCACCUGUCAUAUUCCCCUGCAGCGGCGGUGCUACUAUGCGAAAUCCUCAAAGGGUCAAUAUCUUUCUUCAUUGCACUUUGGAGAGCACAAGACGUAGGAGAAUCUCAUUGGUCAUCUCGGAAAUCAAUCAGCGGCUUCUUGCAAUCGUUAUUUCCAUGGUCCGCACCCUUCCGCCAAGUAUGCAGUGAGAUUUUUAGCCCCGAUUGUUGGAAGCUGUCCAUACCAGCUGUCCUUUACGUCGUGCAAAACUCCUUGCAGUUUGUUGCUAUCGGCAAUCUACCCGUGGCAUCCUUUCAGGUGGCAUAUCAGAUGAAGAUUCUAACUACCGCUGCAUUCUCGGUCGUCCUCCUCCGGAAGACCCUCACCUCGACGAAAUGGUUGUCCUUGUUUUUCUUGGCAAUUGGUGUCGGUAUCGUCCAGGUGCAGACGACUGCGUCGAAUAGUGGCACGCGGGAGAUUCGUGUGGGGAGUGCCCAUGAUGCGGCGCCGCUGCACAUCCAUAUCAUGAGUCCGCUGAAAGGCUUUGGCGCGGUCACUGCUGCCUGCUUUACAUCCGGUCUUGCAGGUGUCUACUUUGAGAUGGUGCUCAAGAACUCCAAGGCAGACCUGUGGGUGCGCAAUGUCCAACUCUCGCUCUUCUCCCUCCUUCCUGCCUUCCUCCCCAUCCUCUACGGUCCUGCACAACCGCCUUCCAUGAGUUUCUUGAGUUACCUCUUCCGAAACUUUGGUGGAUGGGCAUGGGCCACGGUGUCGGUACAAGUCUUUGGUGGUUUGGUGACGGCUGUCGUGAUCAAGUACUCGGACAACAUCUUGAAGGGAUUCGCGACAUCACUAUCUAUUAUUUUGUCCUUCCUCGCCUCUGUUGUGCUCUUCGACUUCCACAUCACGCCUUCUUUCAUCAUCGGAGCUUCUACGGUGCUCGCAGCCACUGGAAUGUACAACCAGCCCGCGUCGCCUGAGACAAAGAUAACGUCCUCAAUCGGUGGCGGCUCAAAGCCGUUUUCGGAUGCCCCUCUAGGCCCUGAUGAUCCCAUUAUUGGCCAGUUCCCAUUACAGAAGAGGUCGUCGCCGUUUGGAAGCCCCCGAGCUAUCGCCAGUGCUCUGGGCCUUGCAGAAAAGCCCUCGAGCACAGUCGAAAGUGACCACUUCUCUGACAUGGAACCCACCUCGCGAUACCUCAACGCACCAUACGGCUCUCCCUUCCCCUCACGUACACCGACACCCAGACCCGAAGAGCGGCUGUAA